GGUAUAAUUAUUCUAGAAAUAGAUAAUGCAACAAUCUAAUAGAAAAGGAAUAAAUUCAAUUUAAGAAAGUAUAGGACAGGUAUAAAAAGUUAUUUAUUAUAUCAUGCAUGAAGCUUAUAAUCAGUGGCUAGUAAAAACUUCGUAGAGGAACCGUUUGAUAAGUACAUAAUCUUUGCCCCAUUAAAAUUCAUGAAAGCUUCUAUACAUAGUAUGAUUAAAACUUAAUGUACAACGUAAGAAUAUAAUUAACAUGCGUAUGAAAACAGUUUAGUGAGAUGAAUCCGAUUACGUUCUUUAGCCAAGGUAGGAGAGGAGGCGGCAACUUGCGAAGUUGAUGGGGAAAUUUACUUCGAAGGGAGUUACUUUAGACCAAAAUCUGAUCCCGAUUUAGAGUGUUUCUGUAUGCCCGGAUAUAAAGGUGAAAAUAUUGAACCCUUCUGUAAGAAACCGAACCGUCGUUAUUGCAACCCACUAUUUAAAAACUCUCACUAUGUUCAUCAGAAUUGUGCUCCUCUUUACUAUGCUGAUCAAAGCCCGCAGCAAGAUUGCAGCCAUUAUUUCGAAUGUCGUAAGUUCAGAGUAGAAAUGAUCAAAUAAAAAUUGUAUCUUCCUUUUAAAAAAUCAGGUAAAUCUGUAAGAUUAAUGUGAUGAUUU